CUGCCAGCCAAGUGCCAUAUAGCCAGCCAGUCAAAAGUCCCUAGGUAGAUCUGUUCGUUCAGUGGCCAGUGAAGUGUUCGGUUCGAAUUUCCUAUAGGAAAAAAGUGAUCAUAAAUUAGUGCUACUUUAACGGUGAAAUUCUCCGAGAACUUGCUCCGAUCUCUUUUUAACCUACCGUUAAACAAAACCGUAAAUCAGUAACCAUGUCUGAGAAGCCGAAGCGUCCUCUGUCCGCCUACAUGCUGUGGCUGAACUCUGCCCGCGAACAGAUCAAGAAGGAAAACCCCGGAAUCAAGGUCACCGAAAUCGCCAAGAAGGGUGGUGAACUAUGGAGGGGGAUGAAGGACAAGACCGAAUGGGAGAACAAAGCCGCCAAAAUGAAGGAUGAGUACAACAAAGCCGUCCAAGAGUUCGAGCGAAACGGAGGCAGCAAGGGAGGAGACAAGAAGAAGAAGGGUGCCAAGAAGCCCGCCGGCAAGAAGGGCAAGAAGAAGGAUUCGGAAGAUGAUGAUGAUGAGUCCGGCGAGGAGAGCGAGUAAAUGCUCGAUCCCCACAUCCCUGGGUCGCACAUCUCAUCUACCUGUCUCUUCCCACCACCCACCAUCAUCAACAAACUAUCCUUUUCCCAAAAAUCCGUUUCCCUAUUACCUAAGCUAAUGUAAUAAUUGCAAGAAAACUACACACAAAAAGAUUAUUUUUAAUUUAUUGUAAAAAUGUUCGGGGCCUUACUUCUCAAAAUCAGUAACAACUAAAAAACCAAACAACAGCUAUGGCACGCAAUACACAGUACAUGUGUUUUCGGGGUUUCCGGUUGUUCGGCUUGCCGAGUUUCCGGGACGCGAUUCUCUCUGUCUCUCUCGAUAGAGUAGGACCUCGGACCUAAAAAACAGGAACCAGUUGUGACGCCCAGAAAAUUGAUCAGCUCGGAUGGAAAAGAUUAACGACUCGUAGAUACAUAGGAGAUAUCGCGUCCGCACUUUUGCGCGGAACCCCGUUAUCACUUGGCCACAGUCGCGCAGCCACCGCCGGAUCCAAGCACGCGAGUAGCUUGUGUGGACACGGGCUUUAGAUCUUCGUUCAAGAAGAAACCCAUCCCGCUCUCGCAGCGGAGAUAUCCGACGGACGGAAUCAAUCUCCCUCUCCGAUUCGCCAGACUAACAAAUGUAUGACGACCGCGCAGGGAUUACACGAAGACGCGAGAGAGAUAGCGAAACUAGCAACUGUUGUUGAUACAAAACUGUAAAAAUUACCUUUUAGACUGUUUCUUUUUUCAUCCGACUUGAGCAAAACAAUAAAAUUAAAAACGUAAAAUUCUGAACUCUUGAUAAAACCAGCAAAGAAAAACAAGUAAUAGGUGUAUCCAAUCCCGACACGUUUUCUUUGUACGAGACGUAAAAAAAAUCACAUUCAUCCAAAACACACCAACAAAAGCAUCCCCCUUUAUUGUUUAAGGAAGGCCAUGUAAUAUUAAUGCAAGAAAAUUUUAAAAACCUCGAAAAAAAAACCGUAAAAA